CUUUUUUUUAGACCACAACUCCACUAUCCUCCUUAUCAUUAGUACCACUUUCUCUCUCCUCACACUUUUCUCAGUAAAAGAAGACAUUACCUUUUACUCCCUCUCCUUUUUCUCCUCCAUAUUCCCCAAAAUUUCCUUUUCUACAAUUUUAUAUUGUCUAAUAUUUUUAAAUAUUUGACAAAAAACAAAAAGAAGUUGAUUUCUGCUCAAAUUCCUACAUUGCUACAUAAUAUAUACAUGAAUCAAUAUUGCAUUGCUGCGAAAUCUCCAUCGUUGUAGUAUGCAAGUAAGUUGAAGUUCUCCCCUUUUUUUUCCCUUAUAUUUUUAAAUAAAAUAAUUUUGUUGCAUAAUUUAUAUAUUCGAGAAAAACCCAUGUUUUAUGGGCAAAAAUAGCAUAAAAUAAUUUAUGAGUAUUUGUUGGAUCAUCUCCAUUGUUGUAGUAUGAGAGUAAGUUGAAGUUCUCCCGUUUUUGUUUUUGCUUUUUUUUAAAAAAAUAAUUAAAAUUUCGUUGCAUAAUUUAUAAUUUCGAGAAAAACCCAUGUUCUAUGGGCAAAAAUAGCAUAAAAUAAUUGCUGGGUAUUUGGUAAAAACACAGAUUUCUGGUUAUUGAGAAGAUGAUGGUGCCGGAGAAGUUGGUUAACUCGGUAACCCAGUGGCCGAUCCUACGGCUGACUCGCCGAGUUGGGGUUCUAGUUUCGGUGUCACUGUUAGCAUUGUUGCUGGUUUGGAGCAUUGAUCAGUCUAUUGUGUUUGAUUUUUGGAGGUACCCAAAUCAAAAACUUGCUAAUAAUAGUAGUAAUAGUAAUAAUCCUCAAAAUUCUUCAUUAAUUGUUGAAUUUAAUGCUACCCGUAUUGAAAAUUUCAAUGAUAGUAAUGUUGUGUUGCCUAGAUUUGAAAACCUAAAUGAAGUUUUAGUUAACCCAAGUCAGAAUGAUGUCAAUAUUUCAUCUGGGUUAGACCUUAGCAUUGUUGUUGGUGGUGGGGGUGGUGGUGAUGGUGAUGGUGGACAGUUUGAGGGUGUUUCGGAUCGAAUUUCGGGUGAAAUCAAUCCGAAAGACGAAGGUUUGAAAUGGAUUUCAGUUGAGUUUGAGCAGAAUUAUAGCUCAAAUCUAAUGUCUAGGUGGUUGGCACCAGGAGGUGAGUCUUGUAAGGAUUCUAAAACAGUUGAUAUUAGGUUUGUCGACUUUGAUGAUGGGAAGGAAGUUGUGUUGUCGACUGGGAAUGCUCAUGAGGUGGUUUUUCAAGCAUUGGAUGAGUUGGGAAACCUUCAUUGUGUUGGAGAUGAUUAUUUUGAGAUUGAUUUGUCGGGUGAAUUAUGGAAAUCGCGGCCACCCAUCAAGGAUUUAGGCAAUGGGACUUACUCAUUCACUCUUCAAGUUCAUCCUGAUUUUGCUGGGACUUAUAACCUCACCAUUAUCUUACUUUUCCGGCAUUUUGAAGGGCUGAAGUUCUCGACUUCUAGAUUUGGAUAUGAUCAACAGCUUCGAAACUUUACUGUUACAUUUUCUAAAUCUGAAGGUAUGUUGCCUGAAUUGCAGUUGUGUACAAAAACUGAUUUCAAUAGGGAUGUUUGGACGGGGAGGUGGACAAGGCAUGGUAAAAAUGAUGCUUGUGAAAUAAGCAGUGAUGGGCGGUAUAGGUGCUUGGAGUUUGACUAUCCUUGCACUAACCCAUGGUGCAAUGGCUCAUUGGGAAUGCUAGAGAGUAAUGGCUGGGUUUAUUCUGCUCAUUGUUCCUUUAGAUUGCUUUCUUUUGAUGAUGCUUGGAAUUGUUUAAACAACCGUUGGCUUUUCUUCUGGGGCGAUUCAAAUCAUGUGGAUACAAUCCGCAAUAUUUUGCACUUCUUUCUUCGUGUUCCAUAUCAGGAACUAGAUGCAGUCUCUAGGCGUUUUGACAAGACUUUUACAAACCCAAAAAACGAGUCACAAUCUGUUAGAAUUACAAACAUCUUCAAUGGUCAUUGGAAUAUGACCAUGAACUAUCAAGGCCUGAAUUCACUAUCAGAUGAAGGAUAUCGGGAUUUGGUGAAGAGCUUCUUCAAUAGGUCUGCUGUACCUGACACUGUCGUAUUCAAUUCAGGUUUACAUGAUGGUAUUCAUUGGCAUAACGUUAGGGGUUUUAUUCGCGGAGCAGAAGAUGCAGCUACAUUCUGGAAAGAGAUUAUGGAAGGGGUGAAGAAGAGGGGUUUAGCAGUAUCAAAUUUUAUCUUCAGGUCAACAAUCACUACAGGAGGAUAUGCUCGAGUUCUUUCAUUCAAUCCUAGUAAAAUGGAGGUGUUUAACGGCAUCCUUCUGGAAAAAUUGAAGGCAGCCGGUUUGGUUACAGGGGUUAUAGAUGAUUUCGACAUGACAUGGGCAUGGCAUUUCGACAACAGGUGCAAUGAUGGUGUACAUUAUGGAAGAUUUCCUGCGAAAUUAAAAUGGAGAGAUGGACAAAUUGGGCACCAAUAUUUUGUGGAUUUGAUGCUUGGUCAAGUUCUGCUGAACGCUAUUUGUGCAGGAUGAUCAAGUUUUUUGUACCAUAGAUUGAUUUUUCAGCCCAAAUUACUAGUCUGGGCAAGUGGUAACAUUUGGUAGAUAAGAGUAUACCACGCAUUCAGCUAAAGGAGGUUCAUUACAUAAUGUGUCAAUUUUUUCAUUAUUCGAGUUAAAUAUAGGUUAUGUAUAUGUUAAUAUUUCGUAUUCUUUAGUACUCCCUCCGUCCGAGAUUAAUAGUCACGCUGAUAGUUCCAUUUGAACUAGUAACGUGACAACUAAACUCAAACGGAGGCAGGACACUACACGGUUCAGAUUUAUUUGUAUUAUUUGGUGAGACAGCCAUGUUUAUUCCAAUUCCAAUUCCAAUUCCAA